AUGGCCUUGGGGGAAGGAGUGAAAUGCAGUGUGGUAGAUGGGGAGAUAGAGGAGAUGCUAGGGUUUGGUUGCGUGAAGUACAAGCGGGGGCUAGGGUGGAAGAAGAUCGUCAUCUUUAGCAAUAUUUGGAUAUUGUGUGGAGUGGAGCCCGAGGACUUGAAGCAGCUGGUUCAGGUGUCGAAAUCAAUCAAGAACGUUGUAAGUUUAAGUAACCCAGUUCCCUCGUCGCUCCAUUGA